AUGUCUAAUACUCAAUCAUCUCCAAUCAACAAACGUCGUUCCAUUGAGGAAUUGAAAAUGAAAUACGAAGCAUCACCAGUUUUUGAAACACCCAAGAUGGCUGUUAAGCCAAAAUCUCCUAAGAAGAUAAAGAAAUCUAUUGUUAAGCAAAUGGCUUCCAUGUUCAACUCCAAGAUGUCGCAAAUUGUCAAACGUGAGACGGAAGUGGGAAAGUAUGCUGCUUUGAUUAACGAAUUUUCGCCAGAGCCUAAGCCUCAGCCAACAGCAAUCUUUGCAACACCUGUACCAAUGCCCAGAACACGUUUAACCAAAACAAAGGCGCCCGUUCCUAGUCCCAGAAUUAAGACAUUGGUGAAAGUUGAAACAAAACCUUCGGCCUGCUUUGUAGCUGAAGAUGUUUUCGCCAAACUGUCUGUGAAAGACAAGGCUCAAUUGUAUACCCAAUUUGUGGAGGAAAUGUCAAAAAAGAAUCCUCAAUUUAAUAAACAUGCUGGAUUAAAGGAAGCCAACGAGAAAGUGGCAGUUCAAAGUGAAGUUAUUGCUGAAAAACAAGCCACAGUUAAAAAUCUAUUGGAAGAACUUGAGUUUAAUACAGUUUUUCCUAAAUCAACCAAUACUGGCUUCAAAUCUAUACAAAGAAUAAAUUCGAUGAAGAAAGCCUUAGCUGCUCGCAAAAACUCAAAGGUCAAUGCAUCCUCUUCCAUAAAGGCCAAGGAAUUUGAAGAUAUUGUGGGGGAGAAGAAACCAAUAACUCCAGAAAAGGCCAAGUCUUUGCCUUGUAUUCAAACAAGCCAUACAAUCUUCCAAAAGCAACCAAUAGAAAAUUUAUUCUUCUCUUGGUUCAAAGAGAAACAUGAAAAUGAUGAUGGUGUCGAGGACAUGUCUAAUCAUUCUGAGGUGGAUGAAGAAAAACAAAAAUCAGCCAUUGAUAGACUAUUGGAGGAAGCUAUAGCUAAAUUGGAAAACCUAGAAGCUGAACAAAAUACCGAAGCACCUAAACCUAUGCCACGCAAAAAGAAGUCAACAUCAUCCACGACAUCUUCUGCUACAACCUCAGCAGCCGAAGAAAGUGAAUCUGGCUUAUCUUCACUGCCCAAGCAUACCAGUGAAGAAUCUCAAACUGAAAGCCAGCAAACUAACAACGAAGAGUUCGAGUUUGCCAAACCAUUGAAACCUUUACGCAAAAGAAAAUUGCGUAGAAAUCCCAUCUGGAAGAAAGAUGUCUCACAACAGGAAAACCAUCAAUUGACCUCUACUGAUUCUGAAUCAGAUAGUAAAUUAACCGAAACCAAACUCAAAAACAAAAAGUUAUUUAUGCCGUCUGCUGCAUCACAAGAAGACAUCACAGUAGUUCAAACACCUGAACUAGAGGCUAGCAUGGUGGAAUUGCAUGAAUCUUUAAUGAGAGUAGUGAACUCGCCACGCAAAAUCAAAUCUGCCUAUACUCUAACUGUCUUGGAAACUCCUUUGAGUACACCUCGUCCAUCGCUUAGUUUUGCUAAACUGCCUCAGCUAAACAAAAGCAGUAACAAAGUGGUUCAGUUCCCCGAUAGCUUUACAGAUCAGGGCUUCGAAACAGCCACCAAUGAGGCCGACAGUCCACUCAAAAAAACAAUCAUCCCAGCUGCAGCAGAAAUCGACAACACAUCACUUUCCUCAACCUUGAACUCCAGCAAACCAAAUUUUGGUUUUUCAACACCCAUCAAAACUCAAGAGCAUCAUUCAUUUGCCGCCACUGGCUCAGCUAAGCAACAGCUAUUUAGUCCCAUCUGCAAGCCCGUGAAAAGUCGCCGCAAAUCUUUGUAUGAUAAUGAGUCAAGACGCAACUCUUUGGCCAUGCAGGUUAUCAGAGAAGAUCAACCUUUGGAGCCUCAAGUAUCGUACAACAGCAACCUCUACAGCCAAACAGAACAAAAGUUCUUUGCCAAUGCUCCCACUAUGGAUAUGACCAACGAUUCCAAUAAAUUGCCGGUAGAAAAAUCCUCCCAGUUUUGGAUUAAAUGUGGAGACUUUUCGGUAGCCUUGGAAAUCAACUAUAAUGAUGCCGAAAGACUGAGACUGCUGUAUGAAAUCUUCAGUCAAACUAGCUGUGAUACCAAGGACUUACAUUUCGGCAUAGAUAAUCAUAAAUUCUCCGUACAUGGCCCUUUGGAUAUGGGUAAUACUUCAGCACGCUUACCCGUCUCUAAGGGUUGUUCACACUAUUGGUUCUCCACCGGAGACUUGGCCAUACCCUUUAGUGGCAAAUAUCUAAACUCUCAUAAAAUACAAAGACUCUUCCGGAUCAUCAAGGAAACCGUAGAGGAAACCGGCAUCUUACGCUUUGGUGUCGAUCAGGUGGAAUUUUCCAAUGUUCCUGAAUUUUGGUAUCAGCCGGCAAAGUUAUCUGUGGAUAGCCAAUACAGCAUGUUGGUGGGUUUACAAUCAGGCGAAAGCAAUGGCUUGGAAGGACGCAGUAAAUAUGCUUGGCCUCACACAAAGCCUGUAAAGAUUAGUGAUUUGGAUCAAUCCGAUUAUGAAGCCGAUAGCUUUGGGGAAAUUGAAGGUGGCCGCUUAUCAUUCUCACCAUUUGGCAGCAAUCAUUAUGAUUUGGCCUCUUUGGACAACGAAGAACUUUCCAUGCCACGCAACAGUCAGGCCAUGAUGAGUCUUGAUUCGUAUUGUCAUGCAUAUGAAAGUGAACCCUUGGAUCAUCUAUUCGAUGACAGCUUCAACCAAGAAUGGCAACCAACACAAAAUCUUGCAGUUCCUGAAAUGGUGCUGACUGUGCAAAAUGAACAGCAACGUUUGAGCAAGGUUCAAGAACAACUAAACAACUGUGUUAAACCCUCAUACAUAGCCAAAGACUGUUUGGAUAAGCUCAAGGGUACUCCUGAAUAUGUGACUAAACUAAAGAGCAUUGUCUCUGAUAUCAGCAAUAUUGGAUGCAGCAACAACUUCAAGGAGUGCUCUGCCGAAGAGUUGGAAAGUUAUAUGUUUUUUUUGGGCCGCUAUGCUGAAAUCUGCUUAAGCAGCUGCAACAAACAUAUGGAUACAGUUUUGGAGGCUUUAAGCGACCACAGAGCGGUGGUAGUUUAA